AUGUUGGUACUUAUUAAAAAUACAACACCUUUGGUCGAAUUUACAAAUGUUAAGUGUACAUCCCACGAUUUAGAGUUUAACGAGUUUGAAUACUGUUUUUUGAAGUCAUUAAAUCGAAGCUAUAAAUACAUGUCUCUAAAAGCAAAGAUGUACAAAAUUCCAGUUACUAAAACAAAGAUUAAUUUUUCUAUGCUCAAGAAAUUUAAUGGAUAUAAGCCGUUUUUAUAUAAUAUCACCGUCGAUGGUUGCAAAGUUUUCCGACAUCCAAAAUCGAGUCCCAUUUUCAGUUUUUUCUUCAAUACGUUUAAAAGUUUCUCCAACUUAAAUCACACCUGCCCGUACGAUCAUGAUUUAAUUGUUGAUAAGCUUACGACAAAUCAAAUUAACCAUCAAUACACCGCUAUUCUUCCUUUUUCCAAAGGGGAAUACCUUAUCCACACCGACUGGUACGCUUAUGAUGUCAUUAGAUCAACAGUUGAUUUAUACUUUAAACUUUCUUAA